AUGCCGCGGAGGCACUCGUGCCGCCCAUGCUCUGCGUUCUGCGUGGGUAGCGAGGUGCUCGCGUCGUCCAGUGCCGGCGCGUCGGCCGCAGGCAGGGGGCAGGCCGCUGAGGCGAUGGCGGGAGUCGGGUUCCCUGUGCACGAGGUGGAGGAGGGUCAUCCCGUCGUGCAGGCGUCGAGCCUGGAUUGCAGGGCCAAGUCUACCUGCUUCUGGAAGACGAGCAGCUGGGGCCGAUGCCAGGUACCGUUCAGGGCUUCCUGCGUGGAGGCCGGCUGCCGACUUAGCAUUCAUGAGCAGUGGUUCGACCGAAUCAGCCCGUUUCAGUCUAAGUUACCCCGUGACUUCCGCCAUUCGUUCAGCCCGAGUCAAUUCAAUGUUGCGUUUACCGAGCUGAGGCGUGGUUACCGUGACCCAACAAGGACGUUCCCAAAACGCAGGUGUUUAUUGAAGCGCGCCCGGAAAAGCAAGAGGAUGAACUGUUCGUUAUGUUCGGCACGAUGUUCGUUGUGUUAUUGUCAGAAAAGCCCAAGGUGCUCUUCCAUCAAAGUUAUUCAUGAAGAAGCGCGCGUCAAUCAGGGUCAAGCCAGCGCGGCCACUGUUACCAUGCGAUACGCCGCGAAGGAGGUAGAUGAUUUCUGCAUUCAGCCCGUGGAUGGUCUUGUUAUCUUCUACGAGCAGUACGACGUGGCUUAUCGGUCGGACAUCUUUUGCGAUGCCAUCGAUGAGUCCAACCGUUCUCUAGCCUUCCUGUCGGACUACACUCCGGAGCAGGGGUUGCAGGGCGGCCGCGCCGGCCAGGUCCGUUAG